UUUAACUAUUGCUUUUUAUAGUACACGAAGAAGAGCAGCAUGCUAGAAACAGCUGUGAAUACACAGUUAGAGAAGCUCGCUGAAGUGUGACACAGCUACAGUGAUUUAGCGAGCAAAACACAGAUGUAAUGUUUGAGUUUGUGGUGGGCGAAGUAAAACCCAGUAUAACUAACAUACUGGUGUAACUGGACUAAAAGGCUUUUUUGCUUUUACGGCCUUUACGGGAAGUUGUGAUUAGCCGUUAGCUGAUUAGCUUGUAGCUAGGCUAGCUGUCACCGGGUUGUUUUGUUCUCUGUAAAAGUGUUUUGAUGUUAUAACACAUGAGUGUGUCUCUGGUUGUGAUCCGUCUGGAACUAGCCGACCAGUCCCCUUCACCACAGGGUUUCCAGUACUCCGCUGUUGAAGGCAUGUCCGAGAAGGAGCUGCAGGAGAAAGCUCUCGGUCUCGCCAAACACUCUCUGAGUGGGAAGACGGAGCUGGAGAGAGCAGCCGUGCUGCACCAGCACAUUGGCAGCAGAGCCAUGGGAGACAUGGUGAUAGAGACAUUUGAGCCCAGCCCAGAUAAAGGUGGAGGAGAGGACCCAGGCAGUUCAUCGGAGCUGGACAAUGAAGCUCAGGCGGCUCAGACUGAAGCAGGCGGUCCGGAGAUCACCGAAGGUUCCCAGGACAACGGCGAGGCGACCGGCGCCACUCCUGACUCCCCGUCCAAGCAGCUGCCCGACCAGAUCUCCUUCUUCAGCGGGAACCCGUCAGUGGAGAUCAUCCACGGCAUCAUGCACCUCUACAAGACAAAUAAAAUGACGUCUCUAACGGAGGAUGUGAGGCGCAGCGCGAUGGUGUGCAUCCUGACGGUCCCCGCCACCAUGACCAGCCACGACCUCAUGAAGCUUCUGGCGCCUUUUAAUGAUGUCAUGGAGCACAUGAAGAUCAUCCGGGACUCCACCCCGAACCAGUACAUGGUUCUGAUUAAGUUUUGUAAACAGGCCGACGCAGACAGUUUCUACACGGCGUGUAACGGACGCCAGUUCAACUCCAUCGAGGAUGCCGUGUGCCAGCUGGUGUAUGUGGAGCGGGCCGAGGUGAUCCGGUCUGACGAGGGAGCCAGCCUGCCAGUGAUGGAGCUGACGGAGCUGCCAAAGUGCACCGUGUGCCUGGAGAGGAUGGACGAGUCUGUUAACGGCAUCCUCACCACUCUCUGCAACCACAGCUUUCACAGCCAGUGUCUCCAGCGCUGGGAGGAUGCCUCGUGUCCCGUGUGUCGGUACUGUCAAACACCAGAACCAGUGGAAGAGAACAAGUGCUUUGAGUGUGGAGUGCAGGAGAAUCUGUGGAUUUGUCUGAUCUGCGGGCACAUCGGCUGCGGUCGCUACGUCAGCCGGCAUGCCUACAAACACUUUGAGGAAACGCAGCAUACGUACGCCAUGCAGCUCACCAACCACCGCGUCUGGGACUACGCAGGAGAUAACUACGUUCAUCGGCUGGUGGCGAGUAAGACUGACGGGAAGAUGGUGCAGUAUGAGUGUGAGGGAGACACCUGCCACGCCGAGAAGAUCGAUGCUCUCCAACUAGAGUACUCGUACCUGCUGACCAGCCAGCUGGAGUCUCAGAGGAUUUACUGGGAGAACAAGAUUGUUCACCUGGAGAAGGAGACGGCCGAGGAGAUAAACAACAUGAAGGCUAAAUUUAAGGAGACGCUGGAGCGCUGUGAUAACUUGGAGCAGCGCUUUGGAGAAAUAAGCAAAGACAAGCAGAGCAUGGAGAAAAAGUGCACUCAGCUGAGCAGUCGGGUGGUGAAGCUGAGCCAGGAGCUGAAGGAGGAGCAGGAGAUGAACCGCUGCCUGAGAGCCAAUCAGGUGCAGCUGCAGAGCCAGCUGGCUGAGGAGGAGCGCAAAGGAAAAGAGAGCGGUGAAUGUAAGGACGGGACGAUAGCGGAGCUGCAGGAGCAGCUGAGAGACGUCAUGUUCUAUCUGGAGGCGCAGCAGCAGAUCGAACACCUUCCUCCGGAGGCUCGCAGUGAGAUCCAGGAAGGACAGAUCAACAUCGGGGCCAGCCCGUCAGACGCCGCCGGAGCCGGGCCGUCCUCCGGCCGAGGCAGGAGAGGCCGGGGCAGGAAGAGGAAGUAGAACCACUGGAACAUGGUAGAAACUGUCGCUGCCUCUCGCUGUGGACACACGGCCAGCUUUGUCUUUUUGUGUCUGCAUCACCAGAAAGCACUCGGAGGACGGAUGAAGACUUGACGCUCCACUUUACCAAGACAGAUUUAAAUAGUGAUGAUAUAUACCUGCACAGUUCCCCAACUUACCUUCAUGUAGUUUCUACGGGAACAAUAGUGGAACAUGUGUGAGGACUGAAGGCUGCGUUCACACCAAAUCGGGCCGUGUGCGGUGAAAAUACAGGUCCUCACAUGCAUUAGAGUGAGUUCGUGUGUGUGAGCUGCAGCAGUUAGAGCCUCAGGGGGUGCCGGGAAUUAAUGCAUCAGGAAAAAAAGGCAGAAAAGUUAGAAUACACUAAAUGUUUAUGGAAAAUUGCAGCCUGAUGGCAUGCUUGCAGCAUUGAGAGAGUCCAGUCAACAUCACUGCCUCUUUACUGUUACUAUAUACUGCAACAAUUAGCCAAGUAAACUCAGAAAAUCUUGAUUUCAGCCUUUUAAAAUAAGGAGAUUUCCUUCUUUUCUCUGUUUUAUAUCGUAUUAAACUGAAAUUUAAGGCCUCACAAGAACUUUGAGGAACAGAGAUACACGUUUUCACUACUUUCUAACAUUUUAUUCACCAAUUUAAACAAAAUAUCUGCAAAUAAAUAGAUAAUGACUAAUAAUCUUUAGCUGCAGACCUAGUCUCCUGCUGCCGUGGGAUGGGGACCGAAAAAACAACUUUGGUGAGAAAGUUUCAAAAACUAUAAGAUAAAAUAACAAAACACAAGCACUUUCACUCAUCUGCUUCAGGAGAAUUUCGACAACAAUGAUGUGAACAAGCUGCAGCACGAAAGUCCCUCCAUCGUUUCUUGUCUGGCUGCUGGGAAAUGAGUGAAGCUGCCUUCAGGUGCAGUUAGACACGUCAAGCUCAUAAAUACUAGUAAUCUCAAAAGUCAUCUAGUUCACAACAUGAUGUUGCAUAAAUCAUUUAACCUCUUAAAACCCACGUGCAUACGUGGGGGAAGGGUUUUACCAAAAAAAUGUUUUUGAGCCAAAGCAGAAGAAAUGUGAAGCCAAAAUGCACGUAUAAGGCUUAAUUUAAAAGAUGACAUUUUCUAGUUUCUGACAAUAUUUAGCAUGUUGCUAAAACACAACGUAAACCUAAUCAGUUCUUGCAAAUAAAGAGUAAUUUUUGUUUGGGUGGACAGGUGAGUUUUGAGUUUUGCUGCACAACUGUGGCUACAUUUUUAGCCUUUUAGAUAUAAAGACUUGCUGUUUUUUCUCUGUUUUAUAUGUGAAUUUGUUAAAUUCACUCUGUUUGGACUGACAAAACAAAAACAAUAUGUCAAAGAGAUCGCCUUGGAAACUGGGACGGACCUUUUUCAGUAUUUUCUAACAUUAAUAUAGAAAAAAAUCAGCAGAUUAAAUGAUAAUAAGAGUAAUCUUUCGUUUCGUUUCAUCUCUUGCUGAACAUUUAAAAGCUUUGAGGACAAAAAAACAAAAAAAUCUGCCCCAACUGCUUAGGAGACUGUACAACUGCUGAUUACAUAAAUGCUUGUUAGGGUCAUUUUGUGAAAAUGUAAGUACAUUUUUCCUGCAUCACUCUCCAAACCAAGCCAGUCUAGCUGCUGUGAAGUCAGUGUAGCUGCCUUCAAGUGAAGUCAGAAAUGUCGAGACCAUAAAAACUCUUUGACGGAAAACUAUAAUUGUGAUAUACAUAUAUAUAUAUAUAUAUAUACUUGUGCUACUAGAGGUAAAAGUUAAUUAUGUGAUUUGAUGCACCUUCUAAAACCCACGUGCAUACUUGGGGGAAGGGUUUGACCAAGAAAUGUUUUUGAGCCAAAGCAGAAGAAGUGUGAAGCCAAAUUGCACGUAUGAGGUUUAAUUUUAAAAAAUGACAUCUUCUAGUUUCUGAAAAUAUUUAGCAUGUGGCUAAAACACAACAUAAACGUAAACAUGCAAUUAAAAAGUCAUUUUUAUUCGGGUGGACAGGAGAGUUUAAAGACACAGCUGCACUAGCGUCGCUGCAUCGCCUGAUUUGGUGUGAAUUCAUCCUUAAACCUGGAUCAGACUAAGAACUAUAUUUGGUAACUUCAGUGGAUAUCAAAAUGGGGUCGAGAAAAAAGUUGCAAAUUUACUAGAUUAAAGUGGCAAAUCUACAAGAAAAAAAGUCGCAGAUUUAAGAGAUUUAAAGUGGUGAAUCUGCGAGAAAAGUUACUUUUUUCCCACUUCUUUCUCAUAAAUCUGUGACUUUUUUCCACGCAGAUUUGCUUCUAUAAAUCUCUUAAAUCUGCAACUUUUUUUCUUGUAGAUCUGCCACUUUAAUCUAGUAAAUUUGCAACUUUUUUCUCAAAAUAUUUUUAUUUUUUAUUUUGGAUAUCAGCUGAAGUUACCAAAUAAGGUUCUUCGCCUGAUAAAGGGUUAAAGACGACUCUUGUUUGUGUUUUCCAAAUAUAUUCAACAUCUGUUUGAUGUAAAUAUAUUCUGUUGUUUGGAGAGAAUCUAUUCUGGUCAUGAGCUGUAUUUAUUUGUUCCCAGUUUAACAACCUGUAAGAGUCUUUAUGUUUCUGUAAAAGAUCGCCAUGUGAGAAAGAGAAGCCGGUAAAUGAAUGUUUCUGUAUGAAGCUAAAUUAUAUUUUCCUGAAGUAAAAUCCUUUGUUCCAACAUUACAUCUCAAUGGUUUGCAGACACUGAACACGACUCAGGACAACAAACAGAGGAGAAACUUGAGUGUUUUUUUGCUAUUUGUGCAGUUUAUUGUGUUUGAAUACGGAGGGAGAGAAGCUGGUGACAGGAAGCAGGAAGUAGUUUACCCUUUAACAUGACCCUCACCAGGAAGUACCUGAAAUAAUAUGGGAAGUAGCUGAUAAAUUGUACAAAUAUGAAUCAUGAUUUGGAUGAGAAAUGAAAUGAGUCUUUAUUAUAUUUCUGAUCACUCCUCCACCGACCUGAAGCAGCAUUUAGUGAAUACUGAACCAUUUUUUGCUACUUUAUCCUCGACAACAUUUCAGUAAAAACUAUCUGGUACUUUUCACUCCUGUGUUUUUAUUUCACAGCUGUAGUUUCUUCAUAAUUUAUUUGAUACAUGGCGAGAAUUAGAGCUGCAAAAAUUCAACAAGUCAAUCCAUUGAUUGUUU